CGCCCCGCCGCCACCAUGGAGGCCAUCAAGAAGAAGAUGCAGAUGCUGAAACUGGACAAGGAGAACGCCAUCGACCGCGCCGAGCAGGCGGAGGCCGACAAGAAGCAGGCGGAGGACCGCUGCAAGCAGCUGGAGGAGGAACAGCAGGGCCUGCAGAAGAAGCUGAAGGGCACGGAAGAUGAGGUGGAGAAGUACUCCGAGUCCGUCAAGGAGGCCCAGGAGAAGCUGGAGCAGGCGGAGAAGAAAGCUACAGACGCUGAGGCUGAAGUGGCUUCUCUGAACCGCCGCAUUCAGCUGGUGGAGGAGGAGCUGGACCGAGCCCAGGAGCGCCUGGCCACCGCCCUGCAGAAGCUGGAGGAGGCUGAGAAGGCGGCUGAUGAGAGCGAGAGAGGCAUGAAGGUCAUCGAAAACAGGGCCAUGAAGGAUGAGGAGAAGAUGGAGCUCCAGGAAAUGCAACUGAAGGAGGCAAAGCACAUAGCAGAGGAGGCUGACCGCAAAUACGAGGAGGUCGCCCGCAAGCUGGUCGUCCUUGAGGGAGAGCUGGAGCGCUCAGAGGAGAGGGCAGAGGUGGCGGAGAGUAAAUGUGGUGACCUAGAGGAGGAGCUGAAAAUUGUCACCAACAACUUGAAGUCCCUGGAGGCCCAGGCUGACAAGUAUUCCACCAAGGAGGACAAGUAUGAGGAGGAAAUCAAGCUUCUAGGGGAAAAACUGAAGGAGGCUGAGACCCGAGCAGAGUUUGCAGAGAGGUCUGUGGCAAAGCUGGAGAAAACCAUCGAUGAUCUAGAAGACGAAGUGUAUGCACAGAAGAUGAAGUACAAAGCCAUCAGCGAGGAGCUGGACAAUGCACUUAACGACAUCACCUCCCUCUGAGCCCCCCGCCGGGCACCAGCACUGCACCCCCCCACCUGCCUCUCCCCUCCCCAGCUUGGCCACUUGCCUGCCCAGCCAUCCCACUGCUCUCCCUGUCCGCUCUGUCCUCUUCUGUCCUUCCUAGCCCGUGCCUGUCCGUUGGCUCCUUUGGGACAGGAGCCAGCCCGGGGUAUUCCCGCAAUAGCCCUCUUUGUGGGGAGAAGAGUUGUAGGUGCUUAGGGGUGUUUGGCAGGGGAGGGGAACAGCCCCUGGGACCCCCAUGUGCUGGGUGGACAGUGCCUAUGCAGUUGCAGGUCCGUGCCCCAGCAUUGCCCAGUGGGGAACAGGGCUGUGCCCAGGACCCCUUCGCUCCAGCAGCUCCCUCCUCGACCCCCCAGCAGCACAAGCACCGGAGACCCCGCAGCUCCAGGGCCGGCGGGCCACCUGCCUCCCCACACCCCCACCAGCAAAGCCCUCCCCAGUGCUGCUUGCUGGGCCCAGGGUGGGGAGGACCUGCACAGGGGCAGUGGCACCUCCACCGCCAAAGCUCAGGCCCGGGGGAUGUGUGGUGCCCAGUUGCUGGCUGAGGUUAAACCACGAUGGGAAGGUUGGGUCCGGCUGUGCAGGCAGCCCUUUGCCAGGCAGGCAGCCCCCAGACCCCCGGCUCCUCCAUCACCCCUGCCUCCCUUCUGUCCUUUCCACAUCGCUCUUCAGUUUGCAUUUCAUGACUUUUCUUUUAUGUUCUGUCCCUCUGGGUUACUGAGUUGGUCUCAAUAAAGCAUUUCCUUUCCUUGGU